AGGCUCGGGAGCUACCGGGGAAGGGCCGUGGCAUCUGGAAGAUGCGUCCUCAGCUCAGGCAUUUGAUGCCAGAGCUGCCGCCUGGCGUUGGCAGUGUCCUCGGUGCAGCUGCUGGGCAAGAUGCUGAGUGCCGCCCUCGAGGGGCAGGAGGGGCAGGGGCCGCCUAGGGAGGCGCCACCUCAGCCACCAAAGCUUUCCCUGGCGCGCGGUUCGCGGUGUGGCUUUUACAUUUCUCAGAGAAGGUGCCUUGAGAAAGUGAAAAGUGCUUGGUCUCUACACAAGGGUUGGGACUCAGAAAAUCUGCUGCGGGUGAGAAGGGCACAGAUGGAGAGGGGAAACUCCUCCUUGGGUGCAGGUAAAUCCAAUGCACCAAAAUUUUUUCAUCCCACGAAGGAGAGCCUGAGGGUCAGAGAGAAAUAAGUCUCUGGGCUGAAAUGAGAGGUAGGGACGUAGGGGAGUGGACAGGAUGGUCCUCAUUUCUUUGGACGUUCUGCAGCAAGGACAGGUGUGUUUUGCAACAGCCUAAGUGGCCUCCCGGGUGCCGAACGGAGGAACGCAGCAAGCUCCACUCUUGAAAUUACUUGUUUUCAUUUCUGUUUCUGGUUUCUCAGAUCAUUAUUUCUUUGGAAAUUAAGCCCUGCGCAGGGCUCCCACAGUUUGGGGUAAGAGACAGAAGUCCUAGGGUGGGAAGAUGAGCGGUGGGAGGUGGAGACUGGAAAGAGGCCGAGCUUCUUUGUGGGGAGCAAGCAGCAUGGAGCCCUACUCUGGAAGCUGUCAGUCCCAGGGCACUGGGGAGGGCUGAGGCCGACCAUGCCCAGCCUGCUGCUGCUGUUCACCGCUGCUGUGCUGUCCAGCUGGGUUCAGCUUCUGACAGACGCCAACUCCUGGUGGUCAUUAGCUCUGAACCCGGUGCAGAGACCCGAGAUGUUUAUCAUCGGUGCCCAGCCCGUGUGCAGUCAGCUUCCUGGGCUCUCCCCUGGCCAGAGGAAGCUGUGCCAACUGUACCAGGAGCACAUGGCCUACAUAGGGGAGGGAGCCAAGACAGGCAUCAAGGAAUGCCAGCACCAGUUCCGGCAGCGGCGAUGGAACUGCAGCACGGUGGACAACGUGUCUGUCUUUGGGAGAGUCAUGCAGAUAGGUAGCCGUGAGACCGCCUUCACCUACGCAGUGAGCGCCGCAGGUGUGGUCAACGCCAUCAGCCGGGCCUGCCGCGAGGGCGAACUCUCCACCUGCGGCUGCAGCCGGACCGCGCGGCCCAAGGACCUGCCCCGGGACUGGCUGUGGGGUGGCUGUGGGGACAAUGUGGAGUACGGCUACCGCUUCGCCAAGGAGUUUGUGGAUGCCCGGGAGCGAGAGAAGAACUUUGCCAAAGGAUCGGAGGAGCAGGGCCGGGUGCUCAUGAACCUCCAGAACAACGAGGCUGGCCGCAGGGCUGUGUAUAAGAUGGCAGAUGUAGCCUGCAAAUGCCACGGCGUCUCGGGGUCCUGCAGCCUCAAGACCUGCUGGCUACAGUUGGCCGAGUUCCGCAAGGUGGGGGACCGGCUGAAGGAGAAGUACGACAGUGCGGCCGCCAUGCGCGUCACCCGCAAGGGCCGGCUGGAGCUGGUCAACAGCCGCUUCACCCAGCCCACCCCGGAGGACCUGGUCUACGUGGACCCCAGCCCUGACUACUGCCUGCGCAACGAGAGCACGGGCUCCCUGGGCACGCAGGGUCGCCUCUGCAACAAGACCUCGGAGGGCAUGGAUGGCUGUGAGCUCAUGUGCUGCGGGCGUGGCUACAACCAGUUCAAGAGCGUGCAGGUGGAGCGCUGCCACUGCAAGUUCCACUGGUGCUGCUUCGUCAAGUGCAAGAAGUGCACCGAGAUCGUGGACCAGUACAUCUGUAAAUAGCCCGGGGGGCCUGCUCCCGGCCCCCCUGCACUCUGCCUCACAAAGGUCUAUAUUAUAUAAAUCUAUAUAAAUCUAUUUUAUAUUUGUAUGAAUAAAUGGAUGGAUGCUAAAUAAUGAAAAGAUGAAAAUGGAAAGGAAAAGCUUAUUUAAGAGACGCUGGAGAUCUUUGAGGAGUGGACUUCGCUGGUUCUCUCCUCCUGGUGGGUGGGAAAUGGGGCUUUUCCCCUCCCUCUGGCGAGGACUCUCAGGAUGUAGGGACUUGGAAAUAUUUUCUGUCUGUCCACCAUGGCCUGGAGGAGGGAGGUUGUGGUUGGAUGGAGGAGACGAGCUUGUCUGGAAGUCUGGAGUCUUUGUUGGUUAGAUGACUGCCUGUGACCCUGGCCACUAGGCCAAGAGGCCCUACGAAGGUGGCGGGAACUCAGCUUCAACCUCGAUGUCUUCAGGGUCUUGCCCAGAAUGUAGAUUGGUUCCCUGAGAGGCCUGGUGCUCUCUUACUCUUUCAUUCCCGUGCAUAUGUGCAGCAUCUACAGUUUACAGGAACGGCUCCUUCCCUAAAAUGAGGAGAAGUCCAAGGUCCUCUCUGGCCCAGUGACCACAAAGAGCUCAGCACCUCCCGGACUUUGGGCCUGCCUUUCCAGCGAGAAUUCUUCAUCCUCCACCGUUCACUAGCUCCUGCCUGAAGAGGAAUGGGGGCCGUUUGACCUGACACGUCAGGAAAGCCCUGAGCUGAAUGUUUGCGCCUGGGCUGCAGAAGGCUGGGUGCGUGACCGGGCUGCGUGGACGUCAUGCUGUCUUCCCCCCACGGGCGGGGAAGCUUGAGCUGCUGCUGUCACUCCUCCACCGAGGGAGGCCUCACAAACCACAGGACACGGCGACAGGUCAGGCUGGCGGGCCCGGCGUGCUCAUCAUCUCUGUCCCAGGUGUACAGUUUCUCUCUGACAUUAAAUGCCCUUCGCGGAGGUUUCGCUCCCUUUCCUUAUUUGGACCCACA